AUGGACCUCCGUCUCACGAAAGUUUGGAAAAAGCAAAACAUAUUUACUCACAUCAACGGGUUGGACCGGGCUGUGGGCUGGCUCAACAUCAGCAACGACCUGGCUAGGGUUAAGAGGAAGACGGCCUUCUGCCUCCAGCUCGAGCCACCUCAUUUAAAGAGCAGUCUCGGCCUCGAUCUCAAGUUUCUUGAGUCAGUAUUGAAAUUCCAUAGUCGCCUGCCGCUCCCUCUCCUGUUCCUCCGCUUCCCCACCCAGGCGCUCCACAUGUACUCUGUGCCGCAUAGAGACCAGGGGGGAAACGGGAUGGACUACCUGGUGAGUGGUCCCAAGAGAAGCGGGUCGGGUGAUCAGGCCGGCCUCUCCUCUCAGACGCACCGGGCGUAG